UGAGUAGCCAAGAAACUGAGCGGAGGCGAGUACUUCUUGGAGCGCGGCUCUCAGAGUCCGAAUUGGAGCUGCCCGGCGGACUGCGGUGAGGUGGUGUGGGCCUCUCUCAAUUAAAGCGAUGGUGCAGCGCCUGCUCCAACCGAGCCGCUGCUUCCCGGUUUCUUUUCCCGUUUUCGCUGAGUUCGACUCACAACAAAGGAGCUGUCCGGAAUGGCCCUGGGGAGCAUGCGCCCUGCGUGCGUAAGAGGAAAUGAGCGCGUUGGAUAGAGCGGUUUCUGGAGCGCCUGGCAUUGUGGGAACUACAGCCUCCAUUCGUCAACUGAUUUCGAUAAGUUUUUCACUGUAGGUUGACGGAAGGACAUCAGAAGGAGAAAAUUUUCAGACAGUGACCUGAAAUCAAGCAUCAUAUCAAAACCUGACAAUCAAUCAAUUUAGUGAUAUUGGCCUUUGUAUAUAGAAGCAAAAAGCACCAUGCAGAGUGAGGAGAUAUUGUCCAUGCAUUCUGUGUGUGAUGAGGCAUAAACUAAUGAGUUGUGCAUCAACAGGCCAGAUUCAGUUACAGUGCUGAGGCACUGCAUAAACUUGGGAAUUGUAGGAAAGAAUUUAACUACCUGAUUGAGCUGGGACUUUAUAGGUCCAUUUACAACAGGAGGAUGCUGUUCACGUGCUCUGUGUGUGGAAAGGAAUUUACUGAUUCAGCCCACCUGCUGAGACACCAGCGAAUUCACACCGGGGAGAGGCCGUUCAACUGCUCCAUUUGUGGGAAGGGAUUCACUCAGACAGGCCAUCUGCUGAGACACCAGCAUGUUCACACUGACAACAGACCUUUUCAAUGUUCUGAGUGUGAGAAGACGUUUAAAAGCAAACAGGAUCUGAUGAGACACCAAGGCACUCACACUGGGGAGAGGCUGUUCACCUGCUCCGAGUGUGGGAAGGGAUUCACUAAUUCAUCUAACCUGCUGAAGCACCAGCGAGUUCACACUGAUGAGAGGCCUUUUAAAUGCCCGGAUUGUGGGAAGUACUAUAAAAGUGCAGAGGAACUGAAGUGCCAUCAACGUGUUCACACUGACAAGAGACCAUUCAGGUGCUCCCACUGUGGCACAGGGUUCACACGAUCAUCUCAACUCACUGUACACCAGCGCCGUCACACUGGGGAGAGGCCAUUCACAUGCUCCAUGUGUGGGAAGGGAUUCACUUGUUCAUCCCAUCUCACUACACACCAACUUGUUCACACCAAUAAGAGACCUUUCAAAUGUUCUGACUGUGAGGAGAGCUUUAAAAGUAGAAGUGAGCUGAUAACCCACCAGCAUAAUCACACUGGUGAGAGACCGUUCACCUGCUCAGAUUGUGGGAAGCGAUUCAGUCGCUCAUCCCACCUGCUGAUACACCAGCGAGUUCACAACGGGGAGAGGCCAUUCACCUGCACUGAAUGUGGGAAGGGAUUCACUCAGUCAUCCAUCCUGCUGACACACCAGCGAAUUCACACGGGGGAGAGACCAUUCAUCUGCCGUGUGUGUGGGAAGAGAUUCGUGCAGUCAUCCCACCUACUGACACACCAGCUUGUUCACAAUGACAAGAGACCUUUUAAAUGUUCUGACUGUGAGAGAAGAUUUAAAACUAAAAGGGAUCUGCUGACACACCAGCGAGGUCAUACUGGAGAGAAGCAAUUCACUUGCUCCAUGUGUGGGAAGGGAUUCACUCAUUCAUCCCACUUGCAGACACACCAACGCACUCACACUGGGGAGAGGCCAUUCACCUGCUCUGUGUGCAGGAGGGGAUUCACCUGUACAUCCCAUCUGCUGAGACACCAGCGGGUUCACACGGGGGAGAGGCCAUUCACUUGCUCUGUGUGUGGAAAGGGAUUUACACAGUCAUCCCACCUGUUGACACACCAGAGAAUUCACAUGCGUCAGCAGGGAUUGGAUUCUGCUGUUAUUGCUGAUGUUAAUCCCACCCAGGACUGAACCACAUCCAUUCUGACAGCUGGGUUUGUUUCUGUUGAUGCCAACAUCCUCUCUAAAUAGGCUGUAGUUUAAUAUUCUGGAUAAUUAUGAAAUA